AUGGCAGAAGCUCAUCAGGCUGUGGCGUUCCAGUUCACCGUCUCUCCAGAUGGCAUUGAUCUGCAGUUGAGCCACGAGGCCCUGAGACAAAUCUACCUGUCUGGCCUGCAUUCCUGGAAGAAAAAGUUUAUCCGCUUCAAGAAUGGGGUGAUGACCGGGGUGUACCCUGGCAGUCCCACCGGCCUGAUGUUAGUGGUGGGGCUGUACAUGGGGAGGGCAAAGUACGUCCAAGCUGACCCUUCCUUGGCACUGUUCACCAAAGUGGGUGCUCACCUGCCUGUUAGUCGCUACAUGUCCUUUGAGAAACAACAGGUGGUUGGUGGGGUGCUAGUUGGCACAGGGCUCUGGGUGGCUAUUUUCUUCACCAUGCGAACUGCACUCAAGUGGCUGCUCUCCUGGCAUGGAUGGAUGUAUGCCCAUCACGGCACCGUGUCAUGGAAGACACGCAUCUGGCUGGUACUGGUGAAAAUCUUCUCCGGGAGGCGGAAUCCCCAGUUGUACAGCUUCCAGACAUCGUUACCACAGCUCCCUCUGCCCUCGGUGAAAGACACCAUCAACAGAUACCUUGAAUCUGCCCAUCCGCUCAUGGACGACGAACAGUACUUGAGGAUGGAGGGUCUUGCCAAGGAUUUUGAGAAAGGCCUGGGUCCUAAACUUCAGUGGUACCUGAAACUCAAAUCCUGGUGGGCUACAAACUAUGUCAGUGACUGGUGGGAGGAGUACAUCUACCUAAGAGGCCGUGGACCAAUCAUGGUCAACAGCAACUACUAUGCAAUGGACUUCCUGUAUGUGUUCCCCACCAGUCUGCAGGCUGCUCGGCAGACACCAUCCAGCAUAUGCAGGACAGCAGGCACAUCGUGGUGUACCACCGGGGGCUACUUCAAGGUGCCCAUGUUCUACGACGGUAAGGUGCUGUCGCCCAGGGCCGUAGAGCAACAGAUGGAGCGCAUCCUGGCUGACCCUCUGAACCCCAGCCGGGGGAGGAGUGCCUGGCCGCCCCUCACUGCUGGGGACAGGGUUCCCUGGGCGGAGGCCCGCGAGCUCUACCUGAGACAGGGCAGGAACCAGCAGGCCCUGGACACUGUGGAGAAGGCUGCCUUCUUUGUGACCCUGGACGACACAGAGCAGCGUUACAAGGCUGAUGAUCCUAUCCGAUCCCUGGACAGCUACGCCAAGUCCCUGCUGCACGGCAAAUGCUACGACCGGUGGUUUGACAAGUCCUUCAACCUCAUCGUGUUCAGGAACGGGACCAUGGCAUGUGCUGUCGAUGGACCCUGUGAAGCUGGGUUACACAGAGGAAGGCCACUGCAAAGGAAACCCCAUCCGUCCCUCCCAGGCCCUCAGAGGCUGCAGUGGAACAUCCCAGCUGAGUGUCAGACGGCCAUCGCCAGCUCUCUGAUGGUGGCCAAGGCCCUGGCAGACGACGUCGACUCACACAUCAUCCCCUUCCACUGCUUCGGGAAGGGCCUGAUCAAAAAGUGUCGCACCAGCCCCGAUGCCUUCAUCCAGAUCGCCCUGCAGCUGGCUCACUUCAGG